CACAACCAAAAUGGCCGCCAAACGUGGACAGCCGGCUUGGCGGCGGCGGCGGUGGUGACUGACAGGGGAGAGACGCUUGUCUUCGGUGCGGGACUACAAACGCUUACGUGUCGGAACAAUCGAGCGCAAAACGCACCAUAAUGGCCGCCGCUUAGAACCAGAACCGCGGUGUGUGUAUAUAUGGAUAUGAUACCCGAUGACGCCGCGAGCUAAGGACUAGAAUCGGCGUUUUCAAGUCGGGGCGCUUGGCGGGAAUGGGAAAAGAUGGAGGACAAAGGCCCUCGUGUCGCUGACUACUUUGUGGUGGCGGGACUCACGGAUUCAUCCAAGCCUUUGGACCGGGAGAUCCACUUUGAUGACGCCUGCCACAAAACCGCCAAGCCCAAGGCGCCCGUCACCGACGUGGCUGUGGUGAUCCGCUCCAUGGGCGACGAGGUGCCCCCGGGGUUCACGUGCAUUGAGACCACACCAAACGGCCAUUCGGCCGACUUCAAUAAUGGGGGGCUCAUGGCACCCCAGGUCUUCCUGUGCUAUAGGCGAGGUUGUGACAAGCCACCGCUCACUGACUUGGGCGUCCUCUUCGAGUGGAAGGAGCGUCUGAAGCAGGGCUGCCACCUCAUCCAGACCACGCCUUCAGGUCGCCCGGCCAACAUCAGCGGGAACUCCUCCCAGCGUAUCUACGUCACGUACCAGCGGGCGCCCGAGAGCCAACCACGAGCCGCUCUGGCCGUCACCGACAUCUGUAUCAUCGUCCCAAGCAAAGGAGAGACUCCUCCGCACACCUUCUGCAAGGUGGAGAGGAAUCUCAACAGCACUUUGUGGGGCUCCUCUGUGUACUUGUGUUAUAAGAAGUCUGUGACCAAAGCCAACUCCAUAGCAUAUAAAGCAGGAUUAUUCUGCAGAUAUCCAGAAGAGAACUACGAGUCUUUCCCACUGCCGGAAUCCGUCCCUCUCUUCUGCCUCCCCAUGGGGGCCACAAUCGAGUGUUGGCCAAUCAACGCCAAAUACUCCCUGCCUGUUUUCUCGACUUUUGUCCUAACUGGAGCCUCUGGAGAGAAGGUAUACGGCGCCGCCAUUCAGUUCUACGAGCCCUACCCUCGAGAGUCUCUGACUGAUGGACAGCGCACCCGGCUGGGCCUCCCCGACACGGAUGCGCACAAACCCCCCCCCCACUGCAACAGCCCGGCCGACGUCACAAACGGCGCACCUUCCACCGCCUCCUCCUCCGUUUACACCAACAAAUGCAUCUGCCUGCUUUCUCACUGGCCGUUUUUUGACGCUUUCCGAAAGUUCCUCACCUUCCUCUACCGCUAUUCCAUCUCCGGUCCGCAUGCCCUCCCCAUUGAGAAGCACAUUUCUCAUUUUAUGCACAAAGUUCCCUUCCCUUCCUCUCAGAGGCCUCGCAUCCUAGUACAGCUUUCCCCUCAUGACAGCCUGAUGUUGAGCCAGCCGGUGUCUUCUCCUUUACCACUCAGUGGUGGCCGAUUUUCCACAUUGCUCCAGAACCUGGGACCAGCGAACGCUGUCACUCUUCUGGUGUUUGCUGUCACCGAACAGAAGAUUCUGGUCCAUUCGUUACGACCUGCCGUACUGACCAGCGUUACUGAAGCUUUGGUAUCGAUGAUCUUCCCCUUCCACUGGCCGUGCCCGUAUAUUCCUCUGUGCCCACUGGCGCUGGCUGAUGUAUUGAGCGCCCCGUGCCCGUUCAUUGUCGGGGUGGACUCCCGCUACUUUGAACUGUAUGACCCACCGCCCGAUGUGAGCUGUGUGGACCUGGAUACCAGCACCAUAUUCCAUAACGAAGAUAAGCGAACGCUCACGUGGAAGAUUUUACCGAAGAAAGCUUGUAAGAUUCUUAUGAAUGUGCUGACCACGCUCUACCAGCAACUGGUUGAUGGUCAGGACCAGUCCGACAGCCUGCUGGAGUUCACCGUCAGGGAUUUAUCCGAGUUGAGCUGCGGGAAGAGCGUCAACACCGUGGAGCUGGAGAUCCAGGAAGCCUUUCUGCGCUUCAUGGCGGCCAUUUUAAAGGGCUACCGUUCCUUUCUGCGACCCAUAACCCAGGCGCCGUCUGAGAAAGCCACAGACGCCAGCUCACUCUUUGACCUCCAAGGAUUCUUGAAGAGCCGUGACCGCUCCCACCAGAAGUUCUACUCCCUGAUGACCAAAACCCAGAUGUUCAUCCAUUUUAUCGAGGAGUGCUCCUUUGUUAGCGACAAAGACGCUAGUCUGGCCUUCUUUGACGACUGUGUGGAAAAGUUGUACUGCUCGGAGCGGAGCGCUGACAAAGGGAGCAAGCUAGAUGGCGAUAGAACAGAUGAGGCCAGGUUGAUCGAGACGGAUGAACCCCAUCGUAGCGAGCACACGGUCUUCAUCACACCGCCAGAGCUGCCCCCCCUGCCUGAGGGCGAAGCGCAUCCCUUACGCUACAGCUAUGAUGGCUUCCCGGUGUUAAGUCUGGACUUGUUUGACCCAGUGGAGGGGCUUCCAACCCCUUCCGCUCGCCUCGCCGCCAGGCACAGCUGCCCCACCAGCCCGGCGCCCAUGUUUAGGCGUAGCAAGCAGGAGAUUAAAUCGGCCCAGAAAAUCGCCAAGAAGUACUCCUCCAUCCCCCAGCUGUGGUCCAUGUGCCUGCUCCGCCAUUGUUACGGCCUGUGGUUUAUCUGUCUGCCGGCGUACGUGAAGGUUUGCCAUUCCAAGGUACGAGCCCUCCGGACCGCCUACGAUGUCCUCCGCAAGAUGCAGGCCAAGAAGCUGCAGCCACCCGAUGAGGUGUGCUACAGAGUGCUGAUGCAGCUUUGUGGACAAUACGGUCAGCCGGUCCUUGCGGUCCGUGUCCUCUUUGAGAUGAAGAAAGCUGGAGUCCACCCCAAUGCCAUCACAUAUGGCUACUACAAUAAGGCAGUGCUGGAGAGCACCUGGCCGACCAGCACCAGAGGAGGAUACUUUCUGUGGAUGAAGCUGAGGAACGUGCUUUUGGGUGUGGCUCAGUUUAAACGCUCACUACGGAAACAUGGCCCUGUCACUCAGAGCCUGCUGUCAGAUGGCAGUGACCUGGACGCUGUUAGCCACGGUAGCCUGGAUAGCACUGCCGACACGCACCCGAAUGAGCAGGGCAGGGCCGCCGAUAUCACUGACGAUGGAUCCAGCACAGGACAUCAGUCAGAUUUGGGUUACAAUUCCCUGUCCAAAGAGGAAGUUAUCAGAGGCAACACCGGCGCUAAGGAAACUCUCCGUGAGAUGGAUAAAGGGGAGAGUGACUGCAGCUCUUUAUCGGAAACGGAGAGCAUCAAGGGAAGUAAAGACCGUCUCCCUCAGCUGGACACGGAGGUCGGGUCUUCCUUGCGCCCCCCCGGCAUCGUGUGCAGCCGUUUUCCAUCUGACGAUUCCAACUGUACAGCUAAGACAUCUGCAAGCACAGACCACGUCGCCGGUCUCCUCUUCACUUCCUCGCUGGAAGAGAUCGGUGAAGUCCAAGCCAAUAUCCUGCUCAGGAAACACAAAAGUACCGUGGAAGAAGUCGUCGACAGCGUCGGAAGCGACUCAACGUUGGAUUGGCGGACCAGCGGUGACGAAGUCGUCGGCGGCGGCGGCACUGCUGUUCUCGGUCUGGGUUUGAACCAAGGGGAAACCGAUCCAGAUAAAAUAGCCGGACAUUUCGGCGCCGAUGCAAAAAUUCUCCGUAAUACCGACUUCGCUAAGCGAAAGAGGCCUCGGUCGCUGGUUCUGGAUGGGUUUCAGGAGACGUCCUCAGUUAGCAUGUGUAGCAAAGAUGGAGAUCGGACAAAGACGAAUGAUUCCAGUGAUGACGACGCAAACGUUAUUGACGCUAUUUUUGAUUUGGAGGAUUUGGAUUCGAGUGCGAGUCCGUUGACGUCAAGAGGAACCGUAUCGCGCACAGACAUCGAGACCGGCAAUGAUCCCUUAUCCUUGCUAGCAGCAGAGUCGCAUUCGGUACAGCAAAAGGCGGAUUCAGACCCAUCGGAGACGCACGCUAGCACACCCAUCGCUAAGAGGAAUUUAGCAAGAGAAAUCGAACUGUACAUGAAGCACACGGGGAGCCCGUUGCGUCGCCGUACGCCCAGCGUGGAUCUACAGGACCUCACCAGUCCGCUCCUCUUCCACCGCUCCGCGCCUCGCAGCGCCAGCUUACCCCACAGCCCCCGAAUCGGAACCACGCUUGUGUCGAAGUCUCGCACCUACCACCCUCCCUCGCCUUCCCGGCCCAUCCCGCAGCAACAUACGUGGUCGUCGUCGUCAUCGCCGCCGUGUCGCAGUGCCAGCACCACCCCCAGCCCUUGUCCCAGCCCGCUUCUCAGUCCCUACCGGGACAAGACAAGCCGCACGAGUACCGCCGGUCCUUCGCCAUCCUCUUCCGCUUUUGCUCUGGAUACGCUGCUAACGCCGACGCUGGAUGUUUUCAAGACCAGCAUGUUCUCUGCGGGGAAAGGCGUGGCAGAGAAGGCUAGUCGUUGGUACACGCGUCUAUCUACGUACACCACCCCAACCAAGCACACUCAAACGGACCGCGGUGUCGAGGAUCCGGAUUGCUCCUCUAUCCAACAUGAAGACCACCACAAGGGGUCCAAGAGCUCCACAGUCUCCCCCCAAAAGAAUGACCCCCCUGGUCCCAUGGGCUUUGGAAACAGUCCAAGACGCAGCCCCUUCCAUAGCAGACUCAACAGUCCCACUACGGGCUCGAGCCUCAGAAGACCCUCGUCCCUGCUUCCUGCUUGUGGCCUCUCGCCUCCUGGAUUCCUCCUGUCCGACAAGUCAGACCUGGGCUCCUCACGCUACACGAGCAACACCAGCAUCUUCAAUAACUGUGCAAUGGAGCUGUUGAUCUCGAGCUGUUCGCGCUGCAAGACGUGCGACUGUCUGGUCUACGACGAGGAAAUCAUGGCGGGCUGGACGGCAGACGACUCCAACCUAAACACGACCUGCCCCUUCUGCGGGAACCCCUUCCUGCCUUUUCUCAACGUGGAGAUCAGGGACAUGAGAGGAGCUGGCAGGUUGUUCCUGAAGGGAAGUCUCUCAGUGGACGAGGCGCUGAGUUCCUCGUGUUCUACCUCAACGGGCUUCGACACGGGGACGUCCACCUUGUCCACCCCCUGUCCCACCACAGCUGUGUCCCCUCCUUCGCCGGUGAUCGUGAGACCGAGAACUCCAUCCACCACAUCGCAGGGGAUCAACAUCCCCUCCGAGCGGCGACACGGGGCUCUCUGCUCGCCAACGCCCAUGGCUCGUAGCGUCAGUGCCUUCGGUCCCCUGGAAGAAACAUCUCCAAGGAACCAUUUGUUGCCCGUCUCCGGGAGCCUGCCCACCCGGCUCAACGAACCCACCGACCCGCUCAAUAUGGAAUGGCGUCUCCACAACCCGGAACCAGUCACGGUCCCCUACUUGAGUCCGCUGGUGCUGUGGAAGGAACUGGAGAGCCUGCUGGAGAACGAGGGCGACGCCGUGGUCACAGAGGCCGACAUGGUGGACCACCAUCCCAUCAUCUACUGGAACUUAGUCUGGUACUUCAGGCGCCUGGGGUUGCCUAGCAACCUGCCCGGACUCAUCCUGACCUCGGAGCACUGCAACGUGGACUCCCAGGUUCCCCGUCAGUGGAUGUCGGAGGACAGUAAGCACGUCCUGGUCCAGAUCCUGUGGGACAACCUGAAGCUCCAGCAGGACCCCGUGCAGCCAUUUUACAUUCUGUGGAACACGUACAAUGUGGGCUACCCCGUCUCCCGCCCGGCCCCCAAAGAGGAGAAGCCGUUCACCGAGGAUCUCCUGCAGAGCGUCGUGAGGAGCAUCCAGAGGAACGAUGUCAGCCGACCGAUGGCUCGUCUGCUGGAGAUUCACAACCAGACGCUCGGACUCCAACGCCAAAGGAGUUUGUACCGGGACCUCCUCUUCCUGUCGCUGGUGGCUCUGGGGAAAGACAGCAUUAAUAUCGACGCCUUCGAUCGGGAAUACAAGCUGGCGUACGACCGCCUGUCGCCGAGGCUGGUGAAGCUGACCCGGAACUGCGAUCGCCCCCCCAGCACGGGCGUCAUGGAGUGUCGCCGGACGUUCGGGGAGCCUUACUUGUAAAAAAAAAAUAAUAAUAAUAAUAAUAAUAAUAAUAAUUAACAACAAACUCAGGAAAGUAGCCGUCUUAACGACACGGCAGAAAAGUUUUUUUUUCGACAAAAUUUCGUAGAUUUUAUUAUCCAAUCAGGUAAGAGCUUUUCAUCAGGGUUUGUUUCCUGUCAGUAGAUCUCAACUUUUAUUUUAUUUUUAUUUUUUUUAUUAUUAUUUUAAAAGUUGUUACAAAUGGGAAUGAUUAAUGUCAGUAUUAACCUUUUUUUUUUUUUUUUAGAAGCACCGGACCCCGGUUUCAGCGUACAGGUGGUCCUUGGCGUCCUAGACUCUGAUGUAAGUCUAGUUUUACUUACUUUUACACUUAAAUUAUUAAUAAUAAUAAUAAUUAUUAUUAUUAUUUACAUGUAAAUUACCAUCAGAAACUGAUUAGAUAGAGUCAUCUUUGUAACAGCGCACUGAAUCCAUGACCCCCGUUAGCAUUCAUUAGCAUUCGAUAAUAAUUUUUAAUAAUGAUUGGGACCAAAAGAGGCGCCUUUUUUUUGCGCUGAGCGAGUCUCGUAUUUGCGGACCAAAAAUUUUUUUUUUUAUUUUUUAUGAAUUUAUAAGAGCAUCGCAAACCGAGGCCCACCUGUACGUGAAACGUGAUAUUUACAUAUUCGGAUAUAUACAUAUUUUUAAAGUCGCGGUUCUGUUACAAAAAUACAAAAAUUUCACGAUAUCCAUGCUAGCAUGUUAUGCUAUGUUAUGUUUUGGGGGUGAUUAUGCUUGAAAGGGAACUUCCUUAGUCUUAUAAAAGUCGACCACUUUGCCGGGGCGAACGAGUCGUUGUUUGAAAGUCAGGAUGAACUUUGACCUUUUUGAAAAAGGUCAACUGAUUGUGACUUGAACGGACUUUCUGAUGGGAAAUAUGACUUUUGUAAAAAUGAAAAAAAUGUAUAAAUUCUGUACAAAAGUGUACAUUUAUAUUUAAAAAAAAAAAAAUGUAUUUAAAAAAAAUAUAUAAUAUAUGAUAAUUGAUAAUAAAGCUGUUUAAAUGCAUGUUUCUGUAAAGGACAGAACAUUCAGGGUUGUUUUGAAUGUAAAUAAUAAAUAAUACAUAUUAAAUAUUAUCACUUUUUGGCUCCACUUUUUCAGUGAAAAUGAAAAAAAAUUAAUAAUUCAUACGGACCACUUUUACAAAAAUGGUUCUUUACACCCGGAAGUACGUAAGUCUCAACUCAAUAGAGUUGCUUUCAACAAACUUUAUUUCAACGUGUCGGUACACAGCCAAUAAAAAAAAAAAAAAUUUUUGCAGAAUAAAUUUUUCAAAUAAAACAUUUUUUUAUAAAUAGUACAUUUUCACUCACAAAUUAAUACACGAUAACACGUUUUACACUACAACACCAAAAGCUAAUCAUUUAGCAAACCUGAACAAAAAGUAUAUCAUGUAAAGUAAUACUUUGAGAAUAAAUACACACUGAAUGUGCUACUGGUAGUUAAAGAGUACUAUCAUCCCUUUGAGUACUGCGGUUAACUUGUUCCAGACUCGAUCAUGGUCUGGUGCUUGUGUAGCAUUAACAUCUGACCAUAAGCACACAAUAAUUCUAGUUAUGUACUUGUACUUGUAUGUUAUUGUACUUUUAUAGUUCAGUAGAACUAGCUUAAAUUGACAUGAGCUGUGAUUAAUCGGCACCAUCAUGGACUAAUUAGUGACGCUAAAAAAGAUAAAAGUGCUGACUUUUGGGCCCCCCGGAACCAGAAGACCUUCAGUGACCUUCAGUGACCAUAAGAACACAAUAAUUCUACUUAUGUACUUUUAUAGUUCAGUAGUACUAGCUUAAAUUGACAUGAGAUGUGAUUAAUCGGCACCAUCAUGGACUAAUUAGUGACGCUAAAAUGGGAUAAAAGUGCUGACUUUUGGGCCCCCCGGAACCAGAAGACCUUCAGUGACCUUCAGUACACAAUAAUUCUAGUUAUGUACUUGUACUUGUAUGUUAUUGUACUUUUAUAGUUCAGUGGAACUAGCUUAAAUUGACAUGAUCUGUGAUUAAUCGGCACCAUCAUGGACUAAUUAGUGACGCUAAAAUGGGAUAAAAGUACUGACUUUUGGGCCCCCCGGAACCAGAAGACCUUCAGUGACCUUCAGUGACCAUAAGAACACAAUAAUUCUAGUCAUGUACUUGUACUUGUAUGUUAUUGUACUUUUAUAGUUCAGUAGAACUAGCUUAAAUUGACGUGAGCUGUGAUUAAUCAGCACCAUCAUGGACUAAUUAGUGACGCUAAAACGGGAUAAAAGUGCUGACUUUUGGCCCCCCGGAACCAGAAGACCUUCAGUGACCUUCAGUGACCAUAAGAACACAAUAAUUCUACUUAUGUACUUUUAUAGUUCAGUAGUACUAGCUUAAAUUGACAUGAGCUGUGAUUAAUCGGCACCAUCAUGGACUAAUUAGUGACGCUAAAAGAGAUAAAAGUACUGACUUAUGUACUUUUAUAGUUCAGUAGUACUAGCUUAAAUUGACAUGAGCUGUGAUUAAUCGGCACCAUCAUGGACUAAUUAGUGACGCUAAAAUGGGAUAAAAGUGCUGACUUUUGGGCCCCCCGGAACCAGAAGACCUUCAGUGACCUUCAGUGACCUUAAGAACACAAUAAUUCUAGUCAUGUACUUGUACUUGUAUGUUAUUGUACUUUUAUAGUUCAGUGGAACUAGCUUAAAUUGACAUGA